AAACACCACAGAAGAAGAACGAAGCACUUCCGGAGUCGUAUUUGAAAACAUGGAUCCAAACAAAUUGGGAGAAGCCUCUGACAGGAUGAGUGAUGAUGGAGAAAUGGCGUCAGUAAUGGGAUUCUCUGGGUUUGGUAAGAAGGCUCGAACAUUUGACCUGGAUGCCAUUUUUGAACAGACCCGUAGAACAGCCAUCGAGAGGAGUCAGCGUGCAUUAGAGGAGCGCCAGACGGAGAAAGAAGGGGAGAGCUCCAAAUCAGCCGAGUCAUCGCUCCCCACUCAGAGAGACAAAUCAGCAGCUGCUUCUUCAAGAAAACAGGAAAGCAGUGGUGACAGUAGUUCAGGUUCUGAUUCAGACUCGGACUCAGAGCUUAUUGGGCCUCCACUGCCUCCUCAAUACACAGCCCAGGGCGAUGAAGAUGAGCUGGUGAGACAGUCUCAUCAACCUGGCGGCACAGCUCACAGUGAUGACGAAGAUGAUGAAGAGGAUGCAGAAGAAGAUGAUGAUGAAGAUGAUAAUAACCCCGUGAAGAAGAUUCCUGACACUCAUGAAAUCACUCUGCAGCAUGGCACCAAGACAGUUUCGGCUCUUUGUUUGGACCCCUCUGGAGCCCGUCUGGUGACCGGCGGUUAUGAUUAUGAUGUCCGGUUUUGGGAUUUUGCCGGUAUGGACCAGGCUCUGCAGGCCUUCAGAUCUCUGCAGCCCUGUGAGUGCCAUCAGAUUAAGUCCCUGCAGUACAGCAUCACUGGUGAUGUCAUCCUAGUGGUUUCUGGGAAUGCUCAGGCAAAGGUGUUGGACCGAGAUGGCUUCAAUGUCAUGGAGUGUGUGAAGGGAGACCAGUACAUUGUGGAUAUGGCCAACACCAAGGGUCACACAGCCAUGCUGAAUUGUGGCUGCUGGCACCCCAAGACUAAAGAAGAGUUCAUGACCUGCUCCAAUGACGGCACCGUGCGCACAUGGGACGUGCAGUCUGACAAGAAACACAAGUCUGUGUUCAAACCGCGCUCCUUCCAGGGGAAGAAGGUCAUCCCCACGUGCUGCGCCUACAGCCGUGACGGGAAGCUCGUAGCAGCGGGCUGCCAGGACGGCACAAUCCAGAUCUGGGACAGAAACCUAAGCGUGCACACUAAGUUUCACUGUAAACAAGCACACAUCCCAGGAUCCGACACCUCCUGCCUCUCCUUUUCCUACGAUGGUGUGACUCUUGCUUCACGUGGAGGGGAUGACACCCUGAAGAUGUGGGAUAUACGCAACUUCAGGAAGCCUGUGAAUGUAGCUACUGGCCUCACCAACUACUUUACGAUGACCGACUGCUGCUUUAGUCCAGACGAUAAACUCCUCGUAACGGGGACAUCAGUGAAGAAAGAAGAGGGAAACGGAAAGUUGGUUUUCUUCGACCGAGCUUCCUUUCAGAAGGUCUAUGAAAUAGAGGUCACAAACGCAAGCGUAGUCCGCUGCCUGUGGCACCCAAAACUAAACCAGAUUAUGGUGGGGACUGGAAAUGGACUGGCCAAGGUGUACUAUGACCCGGUUAAAAGCCACAGGGGGGCAAAGCUGUGUGUAGUGAAGAGCCAGAGGAAGGAGAGACAAGCAGAGACGCUGACACAAGAUUACAUCAUCACACCUCAUGCAUUGCCCAUGUUCAGAGAGGCCCGGCAGCGGAGUACACGGAAACAGCUGGAGAAGGACAGACUGGACCCAAAGAAAUCUCACAAACCAGAACCCCCUGUGUCUGGACCAGGUCGUGGAGGAAGAGUAGCGGCUCACGGUGGCACCCUGUCUUCAUUCAUCGUGAAGAACAUCGCUUUGGACAAAACAGACGACAGUAACCCACGAGCGGCCAUCCUACGCCACGCCAAGGAAGCUUCUGAUAACCCAUACUGGGUUGCCCCAGCUUACACGCACACCCAGCCAGAGCCUGUGUUUGCAGAGGAAUCGGAGGAAGACGAGGAGGCGGAAAAGGAACCAGAGUGGAAGAAACGCAAGAUCUGAGGUGCUUCAACAGCAGUUUUUUUUUUUUUUUUUUUUUUAAGUAUCGCUGACAUGGUGGGCCUGUGGUUGGAUUAAAAAAAAAAAAAAAACUCAUAACCACAAGUUCUCAGGAUCCGUCCCAGAGUACUGAGUUACUGUCACAAACUGUGCAGACAAGCAUCAAUUAAAUUACUAAAUAGUACAAACCUGUCCUCCCAUCUCCGGUGUGUUUUUAGCUCCAGUGUUUUUAUGUGCAUGCUUCUGUAUUUCGUGGGUAGCACGGGCAGUUCUACAAAGCAGGCCUAAUAUAAUUUUAUACAGGUUUAUGUUUUCUCAUUGCAAUUCAUCAACCACUAAAAGAACUUGGCUUUUUACGUCUGUUUGGAUUAUACGUACUUUACUUUCAUCAUUUCUAUUGUCCUCUCCUCCCACAGCCCUCCACUUUGCUAAUUCCUCCUAAAUCAGCUCCAGAUUUUGUGGUCUGGUUCUGUUCAUCAGCUAUGGAGAACAGUUUACUAGUUUGUAAGAAGUACAUUGUAAAGACAUAUACAAAAGAGGGUUGCAAUUUUCAGGACUGCAAUUUGUUGGAUGUGAUACACAAAACUUCUUUCAGCCAACUGCUAAUUCAAAGUAUUUUUUUUUCUGCAAUCUGUCUUUAACCUCAACAACCUGAAUAAAGGAAUUUGUAUUCUCUCGUAAAAUGGUGACAUUUCAUCCACUGUUAUAGAUUUUACCAGCUGAUCAAAGAAAUUCCUUUGUCAAAUUCCUUCUUUUUUUUUUGAGGCGCUGGCUCAACCCUGCAGAAACACAGAGUCCUUUCCAAAACUCUUAUUUAAAGUCCCUGCUUUAAAUCUACUGUAAGGAGACUUUAACUGUUUAAUAAACAGACUGAAAUUCA